AUAUGUUAAUACAACAAAUUAUUUUGUUACAUUUUUGGCGUCUAAUAUUAGCAAUUUUUGUGUGUACAUGUUAUGUGAAUGGCCCCGCUGUUGCUUUAUUUUAGGUUACACUAUAUGAUGGCUUCAGUGUUUUCGGACAAAACUACUUCAGUAAACAAAACACCACCAGUUGAGGAAACUUGGUUUAAACCAUGUGUAGAGAGUAUCGAAUCACCACAAGCAGUACAAGAGGAAAAAGAUAAAGUUGUUGACAGUAUCCAACCUAAAACAAAUGCAAUGUUGUGUCGGUCAACAUCAUGUGUUUGCACAGCGACAGCUUUGAAGGGCUUCGAGUUUUGUCAUAAACACAUUUUAGAAGACAAAAGUAGCCCUUUUAAAAAAUGCAGUUAUACAUCAAGACUGGACAAUGUUCCAUGUGCUAAUCCUGCACCAAAAUUAGGAGAUAAAAGAUCGUACUGCUUACAACACGAAGAAGAAGUCAAGAGGAUAAAGAAUGAAAUCAGAAAUAAAAACAGGAAGAAAAAGAGGAAAGAAAAGGCUUUAAAAGCAUUAGAGCAGGGUACGCAAAGCAAGAAAGCUGCAAAAGAGUCAUCAUCUGAAGAGGAGGAAUAUAGCUUUUUUACCGAUUCUGUCCAAGUUAAUAAAACUGAUUGCCUUUGGUUAGGAAAUCAAGCAAGUGAUGCCGAGUCAACGGAUAGUGAAGAUGAAAAUCCUCUAAAUCAUGCUGGGGUCUGGACUCUUGAAGAAUGUGUUCGUAUAUGUAAAGAAAAAAUGACACGUUUACGCUACCUGUAUUCUCAACAGUUUAAAAGAUUAAAUUAUACCCUACGUGAGGAGCGUCGGAAAAUGAUUAAUGAAUAUGACAUGGAUGCAUUCGUUUUAGCAAAUGUUGGUUUUGACAAGCAUUCAGAAAACGUGUUAAAUGACUAUUUGGAAGAUGUACAUCUCACCAAUUAUCAACGUGUGAGCGGUGUAGAACUGUUAGCUGAAAAGCAAAUGAAAGAAAAAAGAAGUAAAGGAGUUUACUUGCACCACAAACGAUCAGACCUACCACGAUGUCAGUUCAUCAAAGACGGUCAGCGAUGCACUUCAAGAGUAAUGCCGUACUCUCAUUUUUGUUAUCUCCAUAUCAUAAGUGAUACCGAUCAGUAUUUGCUCUCCCCGUGUACUUUUAAAUCAAAAUCUGGCACAAAAUGCUCUGAACCUGCCAAUAUUUUCACUUCUACGUGUGAAAAGCAUUGUGACUUACUGCCGAGUGCUUCUGAAAAAUGUUGGGAAAGUUUUGAAACGUCAAAAAAAGUAAGAGAAAGUCGAAAACGAAGGUUAGAAACUAGUCAAAAGGAGAAGGACAAGAAGGAGCAGUUCCAUAGAACACGAAGAACUUCCAGUCGGAAGUCUGAGUCUAGUUCUGUUACUACACCAACUAUAAAAGAAGAAGAUACAAACUUAGCUGAAAUUUUAUCAUGUUCUCCUGAAGAUAUAAAAAUAGAUAUUUCUCGAAAGAUUCCAUCUUCCAGUUGUGCCCCGGAUGCAUUAAGUUGCUUAAGUGCAAAGAAUUCCCUUCAUACUGAAGAACAUGUUGAUAUAUGUUCAGUGCAACCGGCAACCAAAGCAGAAUCCAGAGCAGAUACAUCAAUCCAAAUGUUAGAUACCUCAACUCCAGUAAACGACAGUUUAUAUAAGUCAAUUCAAGUGAAAGACGGAGUUGAUGCAUCAGUACUUGUAAAAGACGGACCAGAUGCAUCAAUUCUUGUAAAAGACGCGGUAGAUACGUCGAUUCCAACAAAACCUGUAUCAGAGACAUCAGUAUCCUCAAAAAAUGAGUUAGAAGCAUCAACUGUAGUUAAAGUCGAGUUAGAUAAACAGAAUAUAGUAAAAGAUGUGCUGGAUGCAUCAAUUCGAAAUGAAAUUAAUGAAGCUGUGGACUCACUUUCCAGUAUCCAGCAAUAAAAAGAAUUACAUUCUUUAAUGUGAAUUUCAUUGUAGUUGUUGAAAGAAAAUACUAUUUAUA